CAAUGCAGAAAAGUUUUUGCUCAAUUUUACGGAAGACUUUUUUUCUGGCUGGCUGGCUGGCUGUGAGAUUUUACAUUUUUCCACCAACAUCUCUGCCAUGGAGACUCCAGCUCUGCUUUCCAGACUUUUCUCUGUGGCUCUGCUCACUUUAGUCGAGAGCCAAGUACAUUAUACCACGUACACCUCCAUCUCUACACCUACGACUACACCCUCUUACCCUACAACGACAUCUGCCUACCCUACGACUACAUUUGCCUACCCUACGACGCCAUCUGCCUACCCUACGACAACAUCUGCCUAUCCUACGACGACAUCUGCCUCCCCUACGACAACACCCUCCUACCCUACAACGACAUCUGCCUACCCUACGACAACAUCUGCCUAUCCUACGACGACAUCUGCCUCCCCUACGACGACAUCUGCCUCCCCUACGACGACAUCUGCCUAUCCUACGACAACAUCUGCCUACCCUACGACUACAUUUGCCUACCCUACGACGACAUCUGCCUACCCAACGACGACAACUGAAAACCCAACAACUACAACUGACAACCCAACAACUACAACUGACAACCCAACAACUACAACCACAGCUACAGAUGCUCAAACAACUGCUAUCAGAACAACCGUCUCUCCAACUUCCUCCUCCUCCUCCUCCUCCUUCUUCUCGCACUCCCCAGCCUCUGACACUCCUGCCGCUACAGCUUCAACCCUCCUGCCCAGUGUCUCCACCAGAACUCCCAGUUUAACUACAAACAGCACCAACCCAACAGGCCCGACGAUGAUAACUACCACCCAGGUCUCCGCCCUGCACGGUGGAGGCUCGGCAGUCACGCCCUCUCUCCUGUUGUCUGUAGCCUCUUUCUUGGUUCGUUGUUGGUGAGCCGCAGGUAUUUGGCUCAUCAAGUGCACGGGUCUCCAGAUAUUUGACAACCACACUGCAAUCUGUCACUACAAGGAUUUGUCGGCAACAGUUUGCCAGCAACCAACAGAGGCAAGUUACCAUGACUGGUCAAUCAAAAUUCAUCAUCAAAAUUCAUGCUGCUGUCGCAUCCACCUUCCUUUUUCCUCACGUCAAGCCUUCCCUGAGGUGAUCUGGCGCCCCCCAGUGGGAGACGUUCCUGCAACAGUUCAAAACAACUGAUUGGGACAAUCGACACGCUACUUGUCUUGUCUUUUGCUAAUAAAUUCAAA